AUGUCUCAAAGGCAGCCUCAGGCAUCUAAUCAGACUUUAAUUUCCAUCACAAAUGACACAGAAACCUCCAGCUCUGUCGUCUCCAACGAUACCACACAUAAAGGAUGGACCGGAGACAACUCUCCAGGAACAGAAGCACUGUGUACCAUCUACAUCACUUAUGCUGUGAUCAUUUCAGUGGGCAUCCUCGGAAAUGCCAUCCUCAUCAAAGUCUUUUUCAAGACUAAAUCCAUGCAAACAGUUCCAAAUAUUUUCAUCACCAGUCUGGCGUUUGGAGAUAUACUACUUUUGCUGACUUGUGUGCCCGUGGAUGCAACUCACUACCUGGCAGAAGGAUGGCUGUUUGGGAAGCUCGGUUGUAAAGUGCUCUCCUUCAUCCGGCUCACUUCGGUCGGUGUGUCAGUGUUCACGCUAACAAUUCUCAGUGCUGACAGAUACAAAGCCGUCGUGAAGCCUCUAGAGAGGCAGCCCUCCAAUGCUGUUCUGAAGACCUAUAUGAAAGCUGGUGGCAUCUGGAUCAUGUCUAUGAUAUUAGCUCUGCCAGAGGCUAUAUUCUCAGAUGUGUACCCUGUCCGAGAUGCUAAAAGAAAUGUGACCAUUGAAUCGUGUAACUCCUAUGCUGCGUCUGAGAGGCUCUUGCGAGAAAUACAUUCUCUGUUGUGUUUCUUAGUGUUCUAUAUUAUCCCGCUCUCGAUUAUCUCUGUCUAUUACUCUUUGAUUGCCAAGACGCUUUACAAAAGCACCUUGAAUAUACCAACUGAGGAACAAAGACAUGCCCGAAAGCAGAUUGAAUCCCGGAAGAGAAUUGCCAGAACGGUUUUGGUGCUGGUGGCUCUGUUCGCUCUCUGCUGGCUGCCGAAUCACCUCCUGUAUCUCUACCACUCGUUCACUUACAAACGCUAUGAUGAGCCCUCGAACGUCCCUUUCAUCGUCACCGUUUUCUCUCGGGUGCUGGCUUUCAGUAAUUCCUGUGUGAACCCCUUCGCUCUCUACUGGCUCAGCAAGACCUUCCAGAAUCACUUUAAAGCUCAGCUCUGCUGCUUCAAGGCAGAGCAGCCUGAGCCUUCUCUUGGUGACACCCCUCUUAAUGAUCUUACUGUGAUAGGGCCGGUCCCAGGGACUGGGAGCACUCAUGUGUCUGACAUUAGUGUGACCCUGGUCAGUGGCUGUGGCGUGAAGAAGGCAGAGGACAAGGUUUAG